GAGUCAGGUACAGACUCACUAAUUACCAUUGCCAUUCCUCCCUCCAUCUCUCCCUCCCUCUUUCCUUCAACUCCGCCACCUUCAGCGCUCUCUCUCUCUCCUCCACUUCGAAACCUUGUGUGCUCCCUCCCCUCUCCUGUCUCUGGCUGUUGCGUCUACAAGCGCUGUCGUGACUGGAGCAGAGGACAAACUGAGAGGAUCUGAGUCAGAAUCCAAAAAAACACCAAAAGGAGAACAGAAACUCUGACUUGUCCUCCCUCAGUGUGUCUUUGUUAGGUGUGUCUGAGAUCUCUUCUGAUUGUGCUCUUGGGGAUCUGUCAUUGAAGACAGGAGAAGCAUUGACAGCGAGAGACAAGAGUCCGGGAGAACUUGACGGACGGCACAAAGGAGGAAAGGAAGAGGAAGGGAAGAUGAGAAAGUGACAAGCUGGAUCAUUGCUUUUGAACGGUGGCAGAAGAACCUACGACGACACCGUGACUACGCGUCCCAUCAUCCUUCAGGCCCCAGAUCUGAUUGGAUGGUUUUGUCAGAAUGACAGCCGAAGAUCCUGCUUCCUCCUCGACCAUGAGCAAUAACGCUGUCCCCACCAAACCCUCACAACCUGCUGUUGCCUCUCACAACCCUCUUCAUGGACAGAACAACGUCCCUGAGGGAGUUGCAGGUGCUCCCAACGAGGCUUCACUGGUGACCCUGAUGGAGCGCACUGGCUACACUAUGGUCCAGGAAAACGGUCAGCGUAAAUAUGGCCCUCCACCUGGUUGGAAUGCUACAUCUCCACCGCGGGGGUGUGAAAUCUUUGUGGGCAAGAUCCCACGGGACGUUUACGAGGAUGAGCUGGUCCCAGUGUUUGAGUCUGUAGGACGCAUCUAUGAGAUGCGGCUGAUGAUGGACUUUGACGGAAAGAACAGAGGGUACGCAUUUGUGAUGUACACAGAGAAACAUGAGGCCAAGAGGGCUGUACGGGAGCUCAACAACUAUGAGGUGCGGCCUGGGCGGCUGCUGGGGGUCUGCUCCUCCGUGGACAACUGCCGUCUUUUCAUUGGUGGCAUCCCCAAGACCAAAAAGCGUGAGGAGAUCCUGGAGGAGGUCUCCAAGGUGACAGAAGGGGUACUAGACGUGAUAGUUUAUGCCAGCGCUGCAGACAAGAUGAAGAACAGAGGCUUUGCCUUUGUAGAGUAUGAGUCACACCGCGCAGCCGCCAUGGCUCGCAGGAAGUUGAUGCCUGGACGUAUUCAGCUUUGGGGCCACCAGAUCGCAGUAGACUGGGCUGAGCCAGAGAUUGAUGUGGACGAAGACGUUAUGGAGACAGUGAAGAUCCUCUAUGUCAGGAAUCUUAUGAUGGAGACCAGCGAGGAGACAAUCAGACAGGUGUUCAAUCAGUUCAAUACUGGAUGUGUUGAACGUGUGAAGAAAAUCCGUGACUACGCCUUCGUCCACUUUACCUCCCGGGACGAUGCUGUCAUGGCCAUGGAUCACCUCAAUGGCACAGAGGUGGAGGGGUCCUGCAUCGAGGUGACGCUCGCCAAGCCAGUUGAUAAAGAGCAGUACACGCGCCAGAAGGCUUCCAAGGGAGCUACUGCCACUCCAGAGCCUGCUCAGCAGAGCUACGUCUACCAGUGUGAUCCCUACACAUUGGCCUACUAUGGUUAUCCAUACAACACCCUCAUUGGACCGAACAGGGACUACUUCGUCAAAGGAUCCCCAAUGAUACAGAACAAUGCAGGUACUGUGCGAGGUCGUGGUCGUGCUGCUGCAGGUAACCGUACCCCUGGACCACGGGGGUCAUACCUGGGUGGUUACUCUGCCGGUCGUGGCAUCUACAGCCGCUACCAUGAGGGCAAGGCCAAGCAGCCCGAAAAGCCCUAUGAGCUGAUGCCCAGUCUGGAGCUCGCUGCCUCUGUCAACCCCAUUGGCAUCAAACCUGGCACAAUGGCAUUGCCGACUCUGGGUGGGCAGUACCCGAUGUUCAGCACGGCUCCUGCAGCCAAGCUGAUGGAGGAGGGGAAGGUGCACACGGUUGAGCACCUUAUGAACCCUCUGGCCAUGCAACACCCUGACCAUGCCACCGCUACUGGUGCUGGCACCGUCCUACCUGCGGUCUCUACCCCUCCACCAUUUCAGGGCCGUCCUAUCACUCCUGUCUAUGCCAUGGCCCACAACGUACAGCGUAUCGCAACAGCCGGUGGCCUGUAUGGAGGUGGAUACGUCCCCAUCACAAACUACGCUGCCAACUCAGCAGCUCUGGCCGCUCUGCAGAAGAAUGCAGCGGUGGCGGCUGCAGCAUAUGGUGGAUAUGCAGGCUACGCCAUGCCACAGGCCUUCCCCGCCACAGCCUUCCAGCUGCCUAUCCAUGAUAUCUACCAGACAUAUUGAUUCUGAGGGUCAGACCACGUGAAACAACUACAAAGAUAGCCUGCCUGUGACUGAACCACCACCACAACUUCUGUCCCAUCAUACAGAAGCAUCACUUGAACUUGUGAACAUCCAAAAGCUCUACAGGAAUGUCUUUUGAAGCAAAUAUUUAGAUAACAGACGGCGAAACAAUGACAUGUCAUAUCUGUCCUGGCCUCUGUAUAUCCUGGACCCAACACAACCCUAUGACAGGUAUUAAUUAUGCAUCAUCACUGUUUUGUAACACACAUAGAGGACAGUCAUCUUACUGAGGAAACCUUCCCGCAUGUGGGGGCAAUCGUCCCUAAGCAAUAAGCAUUCACUCAUAAUAACAACCAUCUCUCUGUCUCUGACCCCCGCCACCUCGUUGCUAUGGCAACAGAAACACUGAAGGUACAUCAAACUAUUUAUGAAGAGAAGAUACAUAUUUAAGGUUUUAUUCUUUGUAGGUUUCUCUUACUAAUGGAGUGAUAUUUGUUCUCUGAAGCAGGAAAGAUAGAGCUUUACACUGUCUAAUAUUCUAACUGUACAAAUGUGGGGGUAAAAAGAAAGAAAAGUUAAUUGAAAGAAAGUAAAAGUACAAAAGGAACUACUGACAAGAGAGUAUACCACUGAAGACAACUGGAUAUAGGCCUACUAACAUUUUGUUUUCAUUAAUAUAUAGUGUUUUAGCCAAUUCUACAUGCUGUAGGUGAUGCUGUCCGUCCAUGCUGGUUGAAUGUGUAAACUUCAAACAUGCCUGUUUGGUACUUUUUGGUUUAUUUAGUUUUAUUUGUGUUUUGGAUGUUUUAAAUGAAGGUUUCUAAAUGUUGUGUUUAUUUGCUUAUUAUUACUUUGCUUGUUUUUAUGUGUCCUCUUUAACUUUUGGAAACAUAUAUCUUGGUUCAUUUGAAGAAAAGAUUGUCAGCUAAAUAACAUUAUGUGACAGAUUCCUUGGGGAACAAAUACUAGAGAAAGAAAGCUGGAGUGCUUUUUCAACAUGAUAUUUCUAUAAGCCUGAUAGACAGCGACACCAUGUACAUGGAGAAGUUUCCCAUCCUCAGAAACUGCGCUGACAGACUGAACAGAUGUUAGUUGUUUUUUCUCUCUCUCUCUCUCUCUUUAUUAUGGAGUUUUUUUUAUUGUUUGAGUAUUGAAAGGUGAACAAAUAUGGACAGAAAUGAGAGACAUUUUUCUAUGUGGACUGGAACACUGCCACUUAAAACGCUCCUGCAUUUGCCAAUGCUAACCAAAAAACUACAUGCACUCCAGUCUCCUGCUAUUAGAAAUAUUCUCAGUGCCUGACUGCAGUGCCUUACCACACUACCUUGUGCUGUUUGCUGCUGCUUUCAUAACAAAGUGAAGCCCCUGUGGUGAGCACAAAGAGGACAGAGUCACAUCUGUGCAUAGAGUUUUCUCCAUUCAUAUUUCCAAAGAUUUUUGGUAUUACUGUGUUCUGGUGAGACAAGUCUCUGCAGCCAGAUGUGACAAGGCUACCUCUCUGCUGUAGUCUCUUCUCUGAAGGCUCCUGAGUAACACUCCAUAUGUCUGUCUCCUCUUUAUUUCUCAUCCUCCAAACUGUGCUUGACCGAGGUGCACUUAAACGUAUUUAUAAAAGGCAAGAGAUUUGCGAUCAGAUGAAGAGAUAUUAAAUACUGAGCAUGAAUUUAUUUGUGAACUGAGCUAGUUUGGCGUUCCUCAAUUGUUCUAUAUGUGACAGUUUUCCCUCGUGGAUAAAGCAUAACAUAAAAAUAAAACCCUCAUGAAUGUUUAGUAGGCACUUUUUAAACUCUGCAAUGUGUUGAAAACAAGUGUAACAUUAGACUGGGAAUAACUGGAACAAUACCUCACACUGAAAUAUACGAGUAGCCAUGCAUGUUUGUGCUACAACACCCAAACAUAACCGAUGCAAGCAGCUGCUAAUCAUGAAGUCACACUCCACACUCUUCAUAUAAGAUAAUGCAAACAUUUGUAUGCUGGCUUUGUAUUUGUAAACCAGUUUUGGUAGUUUUGAAUUUUUCCAUUUUUUAUGUUUUUAUUCUCUGUGUUUUAAGAGAAUAUUUUAUUUGCUCAUUUUCCAUCAGCUUCCUCAGAUGUUUGACUACAUUUUACACAUAAAACAACAUGAUGAGUUUGACUUUGAGGAUCGCUUGAAUCAGUUUAAUUUCCACAAAGAUGAUAAUGAAAAAAUUGUUUAUCCACAGCAAACAUGACAUAUUUGUCUCGUCUCACACCAUCCUCCACAUUUAGCGACUUCUCUCUCCUCUGAAACUGGAUUUGUACGUAGAAAACAAACUGCUGAUAACUGCUUUUAUUAUUUUCUUGUAUGAUGACAAUAUGUCAGGAUAUAUUUAAUAUAUGCAUUAUGUGUUUUGUCUAUGAAGUGAGAAGAAAAGGUAUAAUAUAUUCUAAAACAUGUUUCUUUUCUUUAUUUACACCUUGUUUAGGGAUAAAAAGUCAGAGUAACAAAAGUAGAGAAAAAACAUUUGUUUGUCCAAUAGUUUUUAAACCAUUCAAGGUUAUUGCGUUUUUCUUAUGUGUAAUAUUCUGAUUGCUAUUUUGUACUGGAUUUGGUGUUAUGAGUGGGAACACAAAGGCCUUCUCGUUUAGUAACAUUUUAUCAGUUUCAACCAAACUAAAACUUUGCAGCGUUAUAACCCAUUGCCACUCUGCAUGUCAGCUUUUGCUUAACUGUUAAAGCUCUGAUCAUGAUUUAACCGCCAUCCAAACGUCAUGUGUUAGACGGCAGAGAACUGUGUUUUGGUUCAGCCUCCCACUCACACCUGCUUUACUUUCUAUUGCCUGCAUAUCACCCACACUACAGCAGCAAGAUGAAUUCUUGUGUCAGUAGUGUGGACCUGCAUAUGCCUAGUUUAAUAUAGGUGUUACCAUUUAAACUUUUCCUAUAGCGUGUGCCUUAUUGCCAAGAUGUGCCCUUUGCUAUACCUUUGUAGACCUAUGCAGGCUGUUUUCUAUCUUAAAGUUUGUUUUAAAAAAAAAAGCUUGUUCUGUAUUGUUAUAUUUAUAGCGAUAAAGUAGAUAAAUAAAGCAUUUUCAAAAGGA